CACCACACCGAAGCAAAGGAUUGCAGAGACAGUAUGGUUUCAGUGAUAAAGAAGUGGGAUACAUAAGCAGUGCUUUUAACAUCCCCUAUGUCAACAACAAAGAUAUUGUCAAUGGGUUGAUUGCUCACAUCGAUGGUUGUCUUCAUGAAUACAACAGGAAUGAUUACUAUGCACCCUUUACAGCGAUUGUGCAAGGUAGUGGGGUCGGAAAAUCACGUUCAAUUAAAGAAGUCGCAAAGGAAUGCUAUUGUAUCUACAUCUGUUUGCGAAAAGCAAAUAGUACUGGUUAUCCAUUUCGGUCUAAGAUCACUGAUACUCUGGUGUCAACAGAGCUCAGAGAUUCUACUGAGGAUCAGAUCAAGGCACAUUAUGUCAGUUUUUUAAUUGCCGCGAUACAACAAGCCAGCAAGAUCAUUAUGGAAAAAAAUAUGAACCCUGCCAAAUGGUUUCGUUAUCAUGUAGAAAAUCCGGAUGGCUCACAGAUGGCAGAAUUCUGGAACAAGGUGAGGAACAACAUGAAAGAAGUUGUGACCAACAUGGAGAAUGGUGGUGAACAAGAUUCAAGUGCACACAAGGAUGCCACACAUGCUGAUUUUUUGACACAGUGUUUGCAAAAGUGUGCAGCAACAUUUCAGGGAAAGUCAAUUUCCAGAAGACAGCAGGCCAGUUUGAUUUUCGUCUUUGAUGAAGCUCGCACGAUGAUUUCUUCUGAGUUCAAUUACUUCGUACAUUUUUGCCGUGCUUUGCAGUGUAUUUCUGAAGAGGAAUAUGUUUUUGUCCUCGUCAUGGACACUACCUCAAGGAUAACAAACUUCAUGCCUCUCAAGGAAUUUGAUCCAUCAGAUCGUAUACUUUUAACCAAGAAAAAGUUACUCAUUCCUUAUGUUCUCAUUGGCGGAUUUGAUCUUCUCGUAACAACAGCAUAUCAGCAACUGUGCAACAAAUGGCUUAAUGACGACAUACCCUCAGACUGGAAUGGGGUACCUGCGACACUUAAAGAUAUCAGUCAUCCCUUUUGGCUGGCAUGUCUUGGACGGUCUCUUCAUGGAUCUUACCUGCAAGCUACUAAAGAAAAUUGGGUUGUUUCAUUCCAUGCUUUAAUGAAUAUGUUGAAAAGCAAACUGCUAGGUUCAGCUUCUUCUACAUAUCUUACAGAUCAGAAAAAGCUUUCCACAACUACAGCAUUAGCAGUCCUAGGCCCGCGGUUGUGCAUUGAUGUGGUACCAUCUUCCUCUCUUUCUUCUGAACUUGUUGCAUCAAGAAUGGCUGUGUGCACACAUAUCUCAGAACAGCGAGACAUGGUCUACAUGUGCUACCCAUCGGAACCACUCCUUGCAGAAGCAUCAGCACAACUCAUGAAUGAGACUGGAGCGAUGCGGAUGCUUUUGCCUCCACUUCUUUCUGCAGUGCGUUAUGGUUUGGUUGAGGGUGGCUAUCAAGGUGAGUUGGUAGCACGUUGUAUCCUGCUGAUGGCAUGGGAUGAAACAUGCAAGAAACAGACUGGUUAUAAAGAAGCAGACAUGCAAUUUUCCCGGCCUCUCAGGGUGCGGGAUUAUCUGAUGACUCUUCUUGGGAAAGAUGGCAUAAAUCAAAUAGGAGGGAUCAGCCAGAGAGAACGUGCUCGCUUCCUCAAUGGGUUCAUUUUCUUCAACCACUUUCUCUUGUUGCGAUACACUCCAAGCAAAAUGCAGCUUUUGCGGUUAAUGAGGCAAGGUGUUGCUGCACUAUGUAAACGAAACCAACAAGGCAUUGAUGCAGUGUUUGGCGUUUUGCUCACCAGCAUGGAUGAUGACAUGUUUUCAAGUCUGUCUGUGUUUGGCAGGUCAAAAGACCCUAAACAAUAUUAUCCUGCCUAUCGAGAGCCAGAUGACAACUUACCUGAAGUAGGGAGAUAUAUAGGAGUGUAUGAUUCUGAAUCAGGUGCAGCUGAAAGUAUGGACAUUAGUUCUGAUAAUAUGGAUCUGGAGAAUAUUGAUGACAGCAAGGUUGGUGUUGUGACCUUGCAGUUUCAGAAUUAUCUUCAUUCAGAAGAUGCAAAGUAUGUGACUGCAACAGCAAAGGUUAACACGACAUAUUCUCAAAUCGAAAGUAAGCCAAAUGCACCAUUUCUUUCACUUUAUAUGCAACUUGGCUCUAAUAAGUGGAAAGUUGAAAGACUUGUUGAAGACAAAAGCAACCAAAAACGUCGUCAAGCAGCUAGUUCAUCUCAACAGAAGAAUGAAGGUUCAGAUGAGUCAGCUGAAACACGUGAAGCUCGACUGAAGUACCAGAUGGCUGUUGCAGUUUUUGGCAUGGAUUAUCCUUUUUUUAAAGCAAUUUCUGAGCCUGUGAUCAGUCCCAAUAGCAAGACACGCAGUGGAACAACACUCGAGUUGGGAGUAAUAAUCAAGAAAGAGCUAAGAGAUCUUUUGGAGUCACACCCUGAUCCCAUAAA